AUGUCUUUCAGGGGUCAAGGGAAUAGAAGCCUCAGUCGGUUCAAGCAACCAAAUAAGGAGAUUAAAGAUCCAGGAGCAAGGAAUAAGGAAGAAAUUAUCCGGGAAGUGGCAAACAGGCCAAUGGGAAAGAGUUCUAAUGUUAUUCAGCCAAUCCAAAGUUGCUACAGAGAAUACCGAUCCCCUAUUAAUUGGGCUUUUCAGAUGUUUGACCCCAAUAAAUUUCACAGAGAAUUUUUCCACUGAAAUGUAGAAGAUCUUUCUCGAGUAAUCAAACAAAAUAUUAACUCACAAGACUUGCUCAGCAACAAAAAAGCGAAGACUCUUGAGUCGGUUGAGUUUAUCAGAAAAGUCCAGCAACAAAGCAAUCCUCAAAACCAGCCAGAUGGUUGGGGCUUGAAAAUAGACAAAUCUGUUUCGAGAUUUGACACUGUUUUACAAAGAAGUCUGAUGCCUCCUCCAAACCCUAAGGCAAAUACAUCAAAGACCAGAAGAAAUGGUCAAGACAAAACUGAGCCUCAGAAAGUAUGGAAUCAAAAUAAAAUUCUCUGUGAAGAUGGAAAUGCGUUCACUCCAACAGCAAAGUUUGAAGAAGAAAAAUCAGUACAGCUUAGCAAUAACCUCAGGAGAGAAGGAAUCGAGGAGGAACCUGACUUUGACUUCCCUGUUUCCCCUAAGAACAAUAGAAAAAUGAAUAGAUGGGGAAAGUGCCACGAUAAGAAGCUUUUUGCAGCUAUCAGGUUUCUUGAAAAGAAGGGCAUUUUAAAACUUAAUGACCUCCUUACGAUGAAUGCAAGUACUGAAGCCAAAUGUGACCAAGGAGUUAAAAUUUUAGCGAACAAGAUUAGCUGGAACUGGCAAUAUGAAAAUUUAGUUGAAAGAGUUAAGAAUCUGAGUGACAAGAAGUUCUCUUUUAGAGAGAUUAAGACUCUUAAGAGAAUUAUUAAGAAAGAAUAUAGGCACAAGCCAUUAGAUUAUGAGAAAAUUUUGUAUCAUUUCCCAGGAAAGACAGUGGAGAAACUGAUGGCUACUUGUGAUCACAUUAUGGCCUGCAUUAAAGAUAAAUCAUUAUCUCGCUUUAAAAAUGAAAAGUAG